AUGGCCUGUGUGGCCCGGCCCAGAGAGGACAGCUCCACGGAACUCUCCUGGAAGCUGUGCUCCCUGCUCGGCGAAGAGGCGACUUCGGAGGCGGCCUGCCUCCUCCACCGCCUCAGCGGAGCGGAGCUGAGGGCACUGCUGGGCGACCUAAACCUCGAGGAGCCUGGGACACCAGACUGGUCAGGCCUUUUGGAGCCGGUAGCUCAGCCGCCGCCGCGGUGUGGCCCCGGCGACUUCGCCAACGUCUGCGCUUGGUGCGGAGAGACUCGCAUCCUCCCGUUCGAUCUCCGGGAGAAUUUCGUGUGUGAAGAUGCUGGCUUCGAGUGCACCCGGGACUCAGAGAGUGACUCUGGAGGAGAGGACGACCUCUGUGCCAACGUUUGCACCUGGUGCCAGCAGACUCGCUACCUGCCCUUCGAUCUUGGGGAGGGCUUCGUCUGUCGCGAUGUAGGUCUCGACUGCGAUGCCCGGGUUGGCAACUUCGAGGGCGAGCACGAGAUGUUCGUCAACAUCUGCGCCGACUGCGGCGCAGAACGAGAGUUGCCCUUCGAUCUCAGCGCGAACUUCGUCUGUGGUGACGCAGGUUUCGAGUGCCGCACCGAUAUGCUACACGAAAAUGUGUGCGUGCAGUGUGGGCAGACGAGGAUGUGCCCCUUUCAACUUCCAGACUUCGUCUGUGCUAGCUGCGGUGGAACUGCGCCGAGGAGGUUCGAGGAAGUGGCGCUUCCGGAGGCGCCUUCGGAGGACGAGCCGGACGACGGCCUCACCGACGAGCAGCGGCAGGCGAAAAAACUCCUGGACAAGCACUGCAAGAUCGACGUCAAUGACGAGUGGCAGCCUGUAGAUGACCAGAAGAUUGCGCAAUUGCGCGGCAUUCUCUCCGCGCUGCACGAGGAGAACCAGUCCACUCAGCUCCUGAGGGUCGAAAGCGAGGACCGUGAGGCGCAACUCGCGCUGAAGGCCACGCGGAAAAGCGUUGAGACGCGGCUGGCCUUCUGCAAGGAGAAGGAGAUGAUGUUCAUGAAGAAGCAGGAGGACCUGAGACGCCACGUCUUGGAUAACCAGAUGCGUGGCUCAACUACCCAAGCCCAGAGUCGGCGCCUGGACGGAGAGAUCCGGGCUCUGGAGAAGGAGCUCCAAGAGAAGGAGCAGCAGCGCGACACAGAGCAGGCGAAGAUCGGGAAGAUGGCGCAAUACAAGAACUUCCUUGAGCAUGUGAUCCACGAAAGCCAGGAAGAGUUUGGGGAUGACAUCGAGGUCCUGAUGAAUCGCUACGCGACCUUGGAGGGCGGCAGCCAGGAGCUUACCCAAGGCAAUGACGACCUCUCCAUGCGGUUGGACCGCGUCCGCGAUGAAUGCGCGCGAGUUCAGACAAAGCUGCAGCUCAGCUCAAAGAGUUUGCGGGAAAGGUUUGGCAAAGGUAUUCUGGUCUUGGUGUGCUGUGCUUGCAGCAGCAGUUGGUGGCGCUCUCCCUCUGUAGAUCGCGGAGCUGCAUUGCAUUAUUCGGGGGUGCUGGCGGCAGUACGUGAUGUUUACGCAAUCCAGCAGAAUGAGCACCUGGCCAUCAGCAGCCAGCUGCACAAAUGCCAGGUGGAGCUGGAGCAGCAUCUUCAAGAGAGCCAGGUCGGAGUGAUCUCCAUGGCCAUCGAGCAGCUCUUCUCUCGCACAGUCAACUCUUGCAGACUGCCCCAGCGGAAGAAGGACGCCACAGAUGUCAAGUUCGCUCCCGUCCGCGGUGACAAGAGCGACGUGCGUCUGGAAGAGAUGUUCAAGCAGAUCAUCGAGCGGGUGGAAGAUCUGCAGGAGAUGCACAGCACCGUGCAGCUGGGCCGGGAGAAGCCCAAGGAGGAAGAGGCCCUCUUCGAUGAGAGGGGCUUCAUGGAGCGCGUGAAGUUCCUCUACCAGCGAAGUGAAGAUGAUGUUCGACGAAGGCCGCCGAGCGUUACACCGGGCUUCGGGGCUUCGGUUUCGGGGUCGAGAACUUAUUGCGCCGAUCUUACCGGCUGUUGUCUGUGCCCGAAAGCUCUUUCAUCUUGA